GGGUGAGCUCCUGUCACGAAACUAGAUAGCUUCACCGUCCCCUCCAAACCAACCCACGGCAUCGUCCUCCCCGCAACUUCACCAAACAAUCUACCACCUCACUUCAAACCAUGGCAGGAUGGCUCCGACCCGGCAGUGGCAAUCCAGCAUCACAGCCCCCGCAACAAAGCGGGCAGCAGUUUACGCCGUAUUCCUCUGAGAAACCUACACAGCGGCUCUUCACGGUGGUUAAGAAUGCGCACACCGAGAUUGUUCGUAGGAAUAAAGCCAUCACCGAGGACCGCGAUUUCACUGCGCGCUACGCUCUCGUCGACGGAAAGUACGUCAUUAACGUUGAGCCACUGUCCCAAGCCAUCUACCAGCACAAGGGGCCGUUCGCUCAGGCGGGGCAAUCGUUUCCUCCUCAGCCGGAGCGGCCGUUUCUGGGGCUCGGAGGCUUCCUGAGGGAUUACCUGGGAGUGCAACCGUAUGAAGAGGCCGCGAAGAAGAUGAUAGCGACUGGGCAGCCGCUCAGGAACUAUGAGCAUCCCUACCAGAUAUCCGUGGAGCCGUACGAUCCGCAUCAGAAGGAUGAGUAUGUCAUCAGCGCCAAUAUCGAGAUCGCAUGGCAUAGUCCCGCCGUGGCGGCGAAAUAUGCGGAUCAACCGCAGCUAGAGCUAGAUCAGGACGAAAUGGAGGAGUUUUUUAGACAGGCAUACAUGGACACAGUUAUUGGCUCGGGUCUGGCGAUUCCGAUCAAGUACAAAGGCUUUGACUUGAUCGCUAUGGUUACAUCGGUGCAGCAGUACUCGUUGGCGCGCAAGCGGCCAACGGAGUUCGCGCCUCGAGGCUUGAUAUUCGAUGAGACUCUGAUCAACUUCCACACUAAAUCCGGACAGAACCUCAGGGUGCGACCCUCAAGUACCCGCAUCUCUACCAAUAUCAUCAAGCAAGAUUUCAACUUUGAGAGCAUGGGAAUCGGUGGCUUGGACGAUGAGUUUGCUAUGAUUUUCCGAAGAGCUUUCGCUUCUAGGAUUUUCCCUCCGGGGUUGAUCGAGAAGAUGGGGAUUCAACAUGUCAAGGGAAUACUACUCUUCGGACCUCCGGGUACUGGAAAAACCUUGAUCGCGAGACAAAUCGGAAAGGCCCUGAACUCUCGUGAGCCGAAGAUUGUGAAUGGUCCUGAAAUUCUGAACAAGUUCGUCGGUCAGUCGGAAGAAAACAUUCGAAAGCUUUUUGCAGACGCAGAGAAGGAGUACAAGGAGAAGGGAGAUGAGAGUGGGCUUCAUAUCAUCAUCUUCGACGAGCUGGAUGCCAUCUGCAAGCAAAGAGGUAGCAAAAACGAUGGUACUGGUGUUGGAGAUACUGUCGUCAAUCAGCUCUUGUCGAAGAUGGACGGUGUAGACCAACUCAACAAUGUUCUGAUCAUCGGUAUGACCAACAGAAAAGACAUGAUCGAUGAGGCGCUUCUCCGUCCUGGUCGUCUGGAAGUCCAUAUCGAGAUCGCACUGCCAGACGAGAAUGGUCGCCGACAAAUUCUCGGUAUCCGCACCAAGGAACUCAAGAUCAACAACGUUCUCGACCAGGACGUCGACAUCUUCGAGCUGGCUUCAGUGACCAAAAAUUUCUCCGGAGCAGAAAUCGGCGGUCUUGUCAAGAGUGCAACUAGUUUCGCUUUCAACCGCCACGCAAAGUUUGGCGAAAAGAUCGACACUAAGGAUAUCAAGAACAUGAAGGUGAACCGUGCCGAUUUCAUGUUGGCUCUUGAAGAAGUGCGACCGGCUUUUGGUGUCUCAGAAGAGGAGUUCGAAGCGUGUACCACUGGUGGUGUCAUCAAGUUCUCACGCAACAUUGAGAGCAUCCUCUCCGAGGGCCAUCUCUUCGUCGAACAGGUACGGAAGUCAGAAAAGACGCCUCUGGUCUCUGUCCUCAUGCACGGCCCACCAGGGUCUGGAAAGACUGCCCUGGCAGCUACGAUAGCCAUGGCCAGCGACUUCCCGUUCAUCAAGAUAGUUAGCCCGGAGGCCAUGGUAGGCUACAACGAAAUGAAUAAGAUCUCGCACCUGACGAAGGUGUUCUCGGACGCAUACAAGAGUUCACUCAACAUUGUGGUCGUGGACCAGAUCGAGCGCAUCAUCGAUUGGGUGCCAAUCGGCCCACGCUUCUCGAACGCGGUCCUGCAAACCCUGGUCGUCUUGCUUCGGAAACCUCCCCCUAAGGGACGACGCCUCCUGAUCCUGGCUACAUCCACUGAACGCAGCGUUCUCAGCCAGCUCGACUUGCUCAACAACUUUGACGCCGAAAUUGCCGUGCCGAAUGUUGCAAACCAUGAAGAACUUCAGUCAGUUCUUGGGAGCCUAGAGCUCUUCUCACCGCAAGAACAGCAGAUAGUAUUGCAACUGAUUGAGGAGCAUACUCGCACCAAGCGCAUCAAUGUCGGUAUCAAGAAGAUCUUGAUGGCAGCAGAGACGGCGAGACAAGAUACGAACGACCGUGUGGGAAGGUUUGUGAGUAUCAUUGGUAGGGCAGUGUCGGAUAUGUCGUCGGUGUAUUAGAUAGAUCAAUUCGUGUAAUUGUACAUGCUUUGAUUUCAGUUGAUCAUGCGUCUGUUUAGCGGCGGUAGAUGUUGCCAGGGUUUAUGACGAGUGCGUGCGUGCAUUUUAUGGAGGAAGUUUACAUAUGUAGAUCUUAUGGCAGAUGGCGGUCGAAUGGGAUUGCCCGCUGUUGCCGCCUGACUAUAGUCG